AUGAACAAAGAUCUACCCCUAGAAGAAAUUCCUAAAACUGGCUUUAAAAUCCUUAAAGUUCAUGUCCAGUCCUACAAUUAUACUCAAUAUGUGUCGGCCUCUCAUUACUUGUUUAUAAAAGGUCACGAAUCACGCGGAAACAAUAACACCCCGACAAACACACCACCUGAGAGAACUCUGUUUAUUUCAAAUAUACCUGCAGAUGCAACCAGAGAACACAUUAAAAAUAUAUUUGAAUAUUGUGGCGAGAUUGAGGACGUGUUGUUUCACGAAAUUUUUGAUGAAAAAGAAUUUCUGAUUAACGAAGAUAAUGACCUCGAGGGAGACGACCCUGAGUUAGUUCCUUCGGAGGACAAAAAGCAACAGGGAAAGAAAUCAAAGAAAAGGAAAAGCCAGAAUUCAAAAAGCGAAAUUAUUAAAGACACGAUUUUUCUAAACUCGUUGAUGGGAAUAAGAACUCUUAUGGUUCCAGGUUCUUCGGCUUAUUUAAUAUUUAAAGAUCCAGAAGGAUUGAAAAAUGCACUCAGUAUGAAGCAAAAAGAAAGACACUGGAGUUAUGAUUAUUUAACAGAUGAACCUUUGGAAUGGACCAACAAAUACUCGUAUCUUCGAAAAAAUCCGAAUGAACUUCAACUUAAGAUCGACAAGUAUAUGCGCAAUUUCGAGGAGGCGGAGCAAGAAAGGCGUCGAUCUUUGGAAGCAAAGCAUAACCAACCAGAUGAAGAUGGAUUCAUACUGGUUACCAGAACAGGGAAGAGGAAUGUUAAUACUGACG